AACAUUUGACAAGUGAUAUGACAGGGGAAAUUAUUUAUUUUCAUUUCGAAUAAAGUUUUAAAAUUAUAAAAUGUUACAACGACUGCUUGUAAAUUUUAACAUUAGAAUAUCUAGUAGGCGUGCAAAUGUAUUGUUUGGUUUACCAAUUGCCAAGCAUUCGUGUCAUCACUGCGGUCACAGGUUAUACUUUUCUCACAAGGCCCCUGUCUUUAGAAAUUAUUACGAAAGGACUUCGCACAGUAGAAAUGGUAUAUUUACGAAAUCCAGAUAUUAUUCAAGCCAAGUGGACGUUAAAACAAAGAACGAGCCGAUUGAAACAUCGAAAGUAAAUUCUGCAGUUGCUGGGUCCAAGAAAAUUAAUGUAAAGUUAAAGCAUUCGGAAUUGAAGCGACUGUUUGGGUUAGCAGCUCCGGAAAAAUGGACCCUGACUGGUGCUAUUGGAUUCCUUAUCAUAUCAUCAAGUGUGACAAUGGCUGUUCCAUUCUCACUUGGAAAAGUUCUAGACAUCAUCUACAGCAGUACAAAUGACCUGGCAGGAGCGAGAGAGAAACUUGAUACACUCUGUUUAAUGCUCUGCGGAGUGUUCCUUAUUGGAGGCUUGUGUAACUUUGGACGAGUGUAUCUUAUGUCUAUAUCAGGCCAAAGAAUGACACAAGCUUUGCGGAAACAAGUUUACAAUGCAAUAUUACGGCAGGAACCGGCUUGGUUCGGUAAAACCUCCACUGGAGAGCUUGUGAACAGGUUAUCAGCCGACACACAGUUAGUGGGCCGCAACCUUAGUCAGAAUGUCAGUGAUGGCCUGAGAUCACUGUUUAUGGUUGGAGCGGGGACAGGCAUGAUGAUAUACAUGUCACCAUCGCUGGCGUUGGUCGGUCUAUGUGUGGUGCCACCCGUGUCAGUGUUAGCUGUCAUAUACGGCCGUUUUGUGAGAAAUAUAACUAGACAGUUGCAGGACAGUUUAGCGGAGACUAGUGAGCUCGCCGAAGAGAGGAUAUCGAACAUAAAAACAGUGAAAGCGUUUAGUAAAGAGCAGGCAGAAGGCGAAUCAUACGCAAAAAGGAUAGAAAAGGUUCUACAACUGGCUUAUAAGGAGUCGCUCGCCGUCGGCAGUUUUUAUGGCCUGACCGGCCUCUCAGGCAACGUGAUAAUCAUCCUAGUCCUAUACUACGGAGGCGGCAUGGUUGCCACGGAACAGUUGACUGUCGGCAACCUAACCUCCUUCCUGCUGUACGCGGCCUACGUCGGCAUUAGUAUAGGCGGGCUGAGCAGCUUUUACACGGAGCUCAACAAGGGCAUGGGCGCCGCCACUAGGUUGUGGGAUAUUAUUGAUAGGGAGCCGACUAUACCUACCACAGGUGGUCUAAGGCCUAAAGAGCGUCCCAAAGGCGAGAUAAUUCUAGAGAACGUAAGGUUCGACUACCAAGGCGCCCCACUACUUAAAGGCCUAAACCUACAUCUACACCCAGGGCGGUCUUUAGCACUGGUCGGUCGGUCAGGGUGCGGCAAAAGUACUGUAGCGUCACUUAUAUUGAGGCUAUAUGACCCAGUUGAAGGCAGGAUAUUGCUGGAUGGAGUGGAUAUUAGGGAGUUGGAUCCUGUUUGGUUGAGAAGCCAUAUUGGUUACGUUAGUCAGGAACCUGUGUUAUUUAGUGGAUCAAUAAAGGAUAAUAUUUUAUACGGAUCGUUAGGUGAAUUAGAAGACGCUGAAGAACUAAGUGACACAGAAAAAGAUAAGAAAAUCCCAGCAUGGCUGGCGGCAGCGCGAACAGCGCAUCUACACGAGUUAGUUCGCGGCCGCAACGGCUGGGGGCGCUCCGUCGGCGCACGCGGCGGUCAGCUCAGCGGCGGACAGAAGCAGCGCGUCGCCAUAGCACGGGCCAUUGUUAAGAACCCAAAAAUCCUCAUCCUAGACGAAGCUACCUCAGCGUUAGACACGUUUUCUGAAUACCUAGUCGAUAAAGCACUGAAAAACAUAAGCAAAGACCGGACCAUGCUCACCAUAGCGCACCGAUUGAGCACAAUACAGUCCGCGGACGAAGUCGCCGUUCUAGAUAAUGGAGUGAUCGCCGAAAAGGGGUCUUAUGCGGAACUCAUCGCCAAACAGGACGGUGUCUUCAGAGAGAUCAUCACGCACCAGCGUCUAACGAAAAAACCACAAGAAACUCAAAAUGUUAACGGAACUGUCCCAAAUAUCAAUGGCACUCUCCUAUAAAUUGUAUAUUUGAAUGACGAAAUUGAAUGUGAUAUACCAGAUUAUUUUUAUUCCAUUUAGUUUUAGAACUGUUUUAAAGGUUGGAGUCAAGGUUCUAAGGGAAAAUUUAUCAUAAUUUGAGAAGUGUCCGAAUUAGUGCGUUUUCACAUUAUCCGAUCCGAUAUCGGAUGUAGGACCGAUAUCCUGUAUAUUAAAGGCGCCAUCUUUGACAUUUGCUUUUGACAUCCUUUCUACAUCUGAUAUCGGAUCGGAUAAUGUGAAAACACUGAUAGGUUCAUGUGCUCGCAUUUUAACUUAGUGCUUGAUAUUUUCGAAUACCACCGUGUAUUAAAAUUGAUUGUUAUCUAGGUAGAAAUUGUGUUAGUAGCUAUAAAAUACUGAAGCAAAAAAGUAAUUUUAAGAUUUUAAAUUUUUUGCUAACGAAAAAGUUGAUAUCCAUGAUAAGAAUAAUUACGAGAUGAACAUCAAAUGUUACAUUUUCACGGAAUUUCCCUAUAUGAGAAUAUAACAAAAAGCGCAAUUGUUCAUGUAGGUUAUGAUUUGAUUACCUGCUAAAUGCAAUACCUAUUACACUUUCUUCCAUUGCAAUAUUGUUCAGCAUAGUAAAUAUUUCAAAAAGGAUAAUUUUUUAAUUGUUGUAAGUUUUAUAAUUGAAAAAUGAGUUACUGUACUGUGUACUGUACUGCAAUUCUAACUAUCACUAGUAAAAUGACAAUAGUCUUAUUUAGAAAAUAAUUAGUAAAUUAAUCUUAAGUGGAUGUAUUUAUACCUACUUCAGUAUGUCGCUAAGAUUUGUAAAGAUUCAUGGGUGAUUUUACAGUUAAUCUGUUAUAAUAAUUUUAUUUUACUUAUUGAUCUUUAUAAAACUCAGUCAACAUAACUAGACGACAGAUAAGGUAUUAUCACGUUUUCAAUGUAAAAAAUGUGUUCAAAUCGCAUUAAUUUUUAUUUAUGACAGUUCAAUUUGUAUUUUUAGUCUUACAAGUUACAAUAUAAACGGGUAGCGGAAUAUUUUUGUCUGAAACAAAUAAAAUGGUUGUUGUUAUUUUUAAAAAGUGUUAUAAUUUCGACGUGAAUGUUUUUAUCAAAAAAUCCAGAAUUGUUUACGGGUUUCAGCGAAAAUAUAGAAAGAGUUGGACUAUGCCCCCGCGGGCGUGCCGCCGUCAGACGCGGCUCAUUCCA